AGCUCCUUCAGGAUUUGUCUCAAGUCCUCUUGCUCAACCUUAGGAGAAGUCUAUGAGGCCCAGCUUUUCUCGGCCAGUCCAGGUGGAGGCCUCUGCCUCCAACAUUUCCAAGUGACGUAGAACCACAGACCCAGAGGCCCCUCUGCACUUCCUGUGUGGUGUUCAGAAGCCCGCCUCCCCUCUCAGCCUCAGGUGCUUGCUUCAGAAAAUGAAGUAAUAAGCUGACUCUUCACCGUCUCAGUAGAGUGAGUGUCCAGUGAGAGAAGGAUGCAGUCAAGCACUCUCUGGGGAGUUCUGGGACUCUGCCUCCUAUCAGUUGGUGCUUGGGGGCAGGAAGAUGAUGAAGAAAAUGAUGACCUAACACAGAUACAAUACAAAGUCUCCAUCUCGGGAACUGAUGUGAUGCUGACAUGCCCUCCAAAAGCUCUGCAGGGCACAAUAAAUUGGGAAAGAAAUGACAAAAAACUAGAAGGCGAAAAUGACGAACAACUGUUACUGAAGAAUUUUUCAGAAAUAGAUAACAGUGGUUAUUACGCCUGCUACACAACCCCAAGACAAAAAGAGAAUAUCCAUUUUCUGUACCUGAGAGCUAGAGUGUGUGAGAACUGCGUAGAGGUGGAUCUGACGGCUGUGGCCACAGUCAUCGUAGUCGACAUCAUUGUCACUCUGGGCUUGCUGAUGCUGGUUUAUUACUGGAGCAAGAAUAGAAAGGCCAAGUCCAAACCUGUGACACGUGGAGCAGGCGCUGGUGGCAGGCCCAGGGGACAAAAGAAGGAGAGGCCACCACCUGUUCCCAACCCGGACUAUGAGCCCAUCCGGAAAGGCCAGCGGGACCUGUAUUCUGGCCUGAAUCAGAGAGGAAUCUGACAGCUCUGGAGGAUCGCCUACGUCUGCCUCUCCCUAGGCACCCUGCAAUUCCUUGUUCCCUGGACAAGUUUUGGACCCUACAAGAGAAUUGUUCUUCAGUCUCACGGUGAACUCACAACAUCCUGCAGAAUUGUCUUUGGCUCGUUCCUUCCUGCCAUCUCUACCUGCCGCCCAGUUCUAGGAUUUUUCUGCUUCAUUGUCCUUUGAAACA